AUCUCCACCUAUCUCUGGCUUCCUGGAUGACUAUACCUUUCUCAUUUGCGGCCUGUUGGAUCUUUACGAGGCAUCUCUACAAACAGAAUGGUUGCAGUGGGCGGAGGAGCUGCAGUUCAGGCAAGAUGUGUUGUUUUGGGACGACCUGGGUGGAGGCUACUUCUGCUGUGAUCCCAGGGACAGCAAGGUUCUGCUGCAACUGAAAGAGGAUCAAGAUGGAGCUGAGCCCAGUGCUAACUCUGUGUCAGCUUUCAAUCUUCUACGUUUGUCCAACUACACUGGAAGACAGGAGUGGCUCCAGAAGUCUCAGCAACUGCUGACGGCUUUUUCUGACCGACUGACGAGGGUUCCCAUAGCCCUGCCCGAGAUGGUCCGGGCUCUCAUGGCUCAACACUACACACUUAAACAGAUUGUGAUCUGUGGCCAGAGGGAUGCUUCAGACACCGCUGCUCUUCUAGCAACCGUCAACUCUCUCUUCCUUCCAUUUAAGGUUUUAAUGCUCAAAGAAGAAAAUCCAGAUAGUGUCCUGUCCCGCCUGCCCAGCCUUGCCUCCCUGACCCAGCUGGAUGGUAUYGCCACCGCUUACGUCUGCCAGAACUUCACAUGCUCUUUGCCCGUCACGAACCCCCAGGAGCUUCGUCGGCUUCUCCUGGAUGGGACCACGGACAUGCAGACGAAAUGACAYCUCAAGACCUGACUCGGCUUAUUUGUGCUGUUUCUGACUUUAUCUUAAAGGAACACCAAAGCUUUAAAAGCUUUCUCAGCCAUAUUGACUAGACUAGGUAUUAUGUGGACCUCCUACAACCAUUCCAGAUCAGUUACUCCAGUCUAUUCUAUAGCAGCUAAAUAUUACCUCAGCAAUCGGCUCRUUUGAGCUGUCGCCUUCUAGCAACAAGGUUGGAUCGAAUCUCRGCCAGGGACCUUUCUGUGUGGAGUUUGCAUGUGYUCUCUGUGCAUGCAUGGGUUUUCUCCAGGUACCCCGGUUUCCUCCCACAGACCAAAAACAUGUAUUUUAGUAUAUCUGGCAACUAAAUCAUCCCUAGUGAGUCAGAGUGGGAAUGGUUGCUUGUCUUGUUUGUCUCUAGUUAGUCCAGUGAUGGACUUGCGACCUGUCCAGGAUGUCCCUCGCACAGUGAUUGAUGGACAUGGGCACCAGUGACCCCCWCAACSUAGAAAGGAAGAAGGUAAAAAGGAUGGAUGGAUGGAUGAGCACCUAUUCAAAUAUGUAAGGGUUUAAUAGACAGAUUGUGGAKUCAUAAUGAAAAUCAAGUGUGUAGAUGUCCUUAUCAGCAGCAGAGAGAGCCAUCUAGAAAAUAUGCAACAUUUGUACAAAAUGUCAGGUUUUGACUGUCAACUUCAGGUUCCUAAUAAGCUGUAUUUUAAAAGCCCUUAAUGUGAAGUGGUCACAGUUGAACCAUGCUGCCCUGUUGUGCAUUCUCCAGCUCUGUCCCUCACAUCAUGUUGAUCUGACAGUGGAAGAUUUUUGUGUAAGACCAUGUAAAAAAAAAAAUAAUAAUAAUUAGCGUGUUUUUAUGGUGCCAUUUGUGUAAAUAACCCAGUGAAUGAGCAGCUGUUUGCCCACCAGCGCCGCAAUUUUGCUUUGCUGAAUACCCAGCGUGCAUACGCACAAUUCUGAAAAAUAAAUUAUUUUUUCCUGAAGA